GGGUCGAUUGGCUUUCGGUCCAGGCCACGUGACUAGCAGGGUCCUCCCCGCUGCUCUGGUGUUGACGCCGUGGUGUCGGCUUGCUUUUUGCUCCCGGCCCAAUGGACUCUGCUGUGCAACUCCGGCAGAGGCAGUAUGGUGCCGCUCUGCCCAUGGCAGACCAUCAAAGUCUUAUAAUGUCUGCCCCAUCAACACCAAAGAUAGUGCUGAAAAGCACAACCAAGAUGUCACUGAACGAGCGCUUUACCAACAUGCUGAAGAACAAACAGCCUCCAACGGUGAGCAUCCGAGCAACGAUGCAGCAACAGCAGCUGGCCAGUGCCAGAAACCGCCGGUUAGCACAGCAGAUGGAGAACAGGCCCUCUGUCCAGGCUGCUCUGAAGCUGAAGCAGAAGAGUCUGAAACAGCGACUAGGUAAGAGCAACAUUCAAGCAAGACUGGGACGUCCAGUGGGGGCUCUGGCACAUGGACCUAUGGUUGGUCGGGGAUCGCCAAGAGGAGGUGUGCGGUUAGGUCGUGGUGGAAGAGGAGGUGUAAGAGGAGGCCUUCCUCUCCGAGGUCAGGGUCCAAACCGAGGACGAGGUGGAGUCCCGCGGUUAGGGCUCAAGCGGGGUGGAAUGCGAGGCCGAGGAGGUCUGGGUCGGGGUGGGCCACCUGGACGAGGAGGAAUCGGUGGCAGAGGUCGUGGCGGAAUAGUGGGCCGUGGUAGAGGAGGGUUCCCAGGUCGGGGCCGAGGCCGGGGGCGAGGAAGAGGAGCAACCCGUCCUCCACUUACCAGAGAGCAGCUAGACAAUCAACUGGAUGCAUACAUGUCGAAGACCAAGGGCCACCUUGAUGCCGAGCUUGAUGCCUAUAUGGCACAAACUGAUGGUGAAGCUAACGAUUAGCAGUGCUGACUGGGGAGAUGCUAGUUUUAUUAAUAGUAUUUGAACUUGAAUUUGAAAACCUAGAGAAACUACGCAAGGAAUGAAAUGGAGAAUUUUCAACUUUUGCGGAGAGAAAUAAGCUGUAUUUGAACUGCUGACAAGAGAGCGGACUUCAAGGGUUUCGCCUUUUAAUUACUUUAACCUUUCUACAUUUUGUGAUGUUCACGGUUCUGUUUGAUAUUCCUCUGCCUUGCUCGUUGUGUAAUGAUCACUGUAUACAGUUCACUCUUUCCUUGGAAAUCCUUUGUUUUUAGAUUAGAUUCCACUAACAGUCUGCCACUCUGGUAGAAGCUGUUCACCAUAAAACAUUAGAAUUCCAAAGCUUUACUCUUGUUUUUUUUUCUUCAGAGAGUGAUGUUCUUUUGCAUUUCUGUGUUCUUCUCUGCCCUUUGGUCAGAAGCAAUCACUUUGGUCUUGGGGUUCCAGUUUAGAAGAGCAUUGCCCCUCCCAGGUUUCUGGAUAAUGCUGGUGUGCUAUUGUCAAAUCCAACUCCCUGCUUGACAUUAUCUUGAGGAGAGAGACACACACAAUACUUGAGAAUUGGCUGCAGCUGAUAUCCUAGCAUUGUACGAUGGACAGGAAUUUCCCCCCAUUUGGGUAAUGCUUGCUGCUCUUGCUGCAUUCCGUGAUGGGGAACUCCUAUUUCUUGGAGCACCCACUUCAGAGAAUGGAUAAUGUCCCCUGUUUAUCUUCAACUGAAAGAUGAGUGUUAAGUUGGGAGCCUUAGUAGUUGCCUGAACCUUGAUCAAGUGAGUUAUGACAAGGAUAUGUCUAGUUGUGGAAAAGAGUUGCUGAUUCUGUUUGAAAGACUUUACAAAAACAAAUACAUGUACUGUGUUUUAUUGUAGUGCACCAAGGUUCUACUGUUGCAUAAGGGUUUCUAACUGAUUACAGCUGGAGAACAUUUAUGAUGGACAUUGUGUACAAACAGUAUCAGGCUUAACAGUGAUGUUCCCAAAGUUCAUGUAUCUGAUUUCGUCUUGCAGGACUGCAUUCCGGCAAGAAUCGGUGCUUUAUCAGCAAAUGGAUGUAAGCUUCAUUUUAUUAAAAGUUUUGAAGAGAAAUAUUCCCAGUCAUUAG